ACCUCUUGGGAUUUCAUUCUCAGGGAUGGCAGCGUCUCUUCUGGAGGAGGAAGCUCGCUACGGGUCCAGCCCCCUGGCGAUGCUCACGGCCACCUGCAACAAGUUCGGCAGCACCAGCCCGGUCCGGGACUCUGCCACACCUGGAAAGACGGGCAACGCGGCGCCGGGGAAAAAACCCUACCCUCUGAAUUCGGACCUCCAGGCCCAAAAGGGCGGGAGAGUCGGCGAGGGCAUGGCGGAUUCCUACACAGGUUCCUUCAAUGCCGGCGGUGGGCUUCUCACGCCUUCCGGGAGUCCCCCGCAACCAGCUGGGGGCUACAGCUCCGAGUACAACCCUUUCUCCCACUCUUUCCAGACCAGCUCUGGCUCCCAGGACCCCUCCCUGCUGGUAUCGAAAGCCCACGCCACUGCUGACUGCCUGACCAGUGUGUACACAUCACUGGACAUGGCCCACCCCUACGGCUCCUGGUACAAAGCAGGAAUACACCCCGGCAUUACAGCUGCGCCGGCCAAUGCCACCUCCUCCUGGUGGGAUAUGCACCCCAACUCUAACUGGCUGAGUGCAGCACAGACCCAGCCAGAUGGCCUGCAGGCCUCCCUCCAGCCGGUGGCACCGCAGGCCUCUCUCAGCCCACAGCUGCCCAGCUACAGCUCAGAUUUCACAUCGCUGAAUCCGGCGCCCUACCCCAGCGUGGGCCUGGGCUCCUCCUCGCACCUCCUCCAGUCCUCCCAGCACAUGCUGCCGCAGGACAUGUACAAGCCGAAGCCGGUGCCCAGCAGCACCCUCAUGGAGAGCCCCAUGGGGAUGAAGCCAGCGAGAGGCUCGGGAGGGUACGGUGGGGGCAGCACCCCCGGGCGCUCCUCCUGUGAUUGCCCCAACUGUCAGGAGCUGGAGAGGCUGGGCGCUUCGGCAGCCUCCCUGCGCAAGAAGCCCGUCCACAGCUGUCACAUUCCUGGGUGCGGCAAGGUGUACGGCAAGGCGUCCCACCUGAAGGCCCACCUGCGCUGGCACACGGGCGAGCGGCCCUUUGUCUGCAACUGGCUUUUCUGUGGGAAGCGCUUCACCCGCUCUGACGAGCUUGAGCGCCACGUUCGCACCCACACACGUGAGAAGAAGUUCACCUGCCUGCUGUGCAACAAGCGCUUCACCCGCAGCGAUCACCUGAGCAAGCAUCAGAAGACUCACACCGAGGCCCCCCUGCAGGGCAAGGUGGGGGCUGGAGAGGGGGAGGGUGACCCCAGGAGCGAAGAGACUGUUGAUCCCACACCAGGCACCCCCACUAAUGCUGUCCAAGACUCCACGGCCAAUGGGGAAGAGAAAUCUGGAAACGGUGUGGAAACAUCCAGUGGACUGUUGGAGAUCUGACUCUACUUACAGCUCUGGCUGUAGGCAGAUGACAAGAUUAUUGGUGCUUAUUGCAAAAAAACCUAAUUACCAGUGCCUCGGGCAAAGGAGCCACUUUAUUUAAUUGUCCUGCUAUAGGUUUUUAUGACAAAUUUUUGGGGUUUGUGGAACCAAGAAUGAAACUGAUUAAUGAGCCCCAGCAGAUGUUGUCAAUUGACUAUAGUACGGGCAGAUCUGUUGCUGAACACUAACAGAUACACAGACACACAUAGACACACACACACAUACACACACACAUAGACACACAUAAACACACAGGAGGGAGACACAAACCACUGAAGCAUUUCAUAUCUGAUAUACCUGUGUAACAAGUUGAAGAACAAACCUCAAAGGGGUACGCGAGUCAAGCAGGGUCGUGAGUUCCUGUGCUGUCACACAUCGGUGAAUAUAAGGACAGUAGCUCCUCAUGGAAAAGAGGUCAACAGCUGCCACUAAAUGCAGUGAAGAGUAAACACCCAGUUUCGGGACAUUACUCUGGAGUUAAUUUCCAGAAAGCAUGGCAGCAUUAUUAUGAUCA